AUGCCCUCUCUAGCCGAUAUCAAACAGGUCAAUGCGGCCUAUAAGCCCACCGUUAAGGAUGCCGUUGCCGUCUUCUUCGGCGGAACGUCCGGAAUCGGAAAAGAGACCGCCUACAUGUUUGCUAAGAAGUUCGAUAGCCCCACGGUGAUCAUUGUGGGACGAAGUGAAGAGGCAGGCAACAAGAUUGUCAAUGAUCUCAAGGAGCUCAAUGCAAAGGCAACCUUCAUUAAGAGCGAUCUGUCGCAGAUGAAGGAGGUGGUGCGAGUGUCGGACAUUGUCAAGCGGGACGUGACCAAGAUCAACCUGCUGUUUCUGUCCCAGGGCAUUCUGAGCACCGCUGGAAGAACUGAGACCUCGGAGGGAAUCGAGCUGCGAAUGUCGCUCAACUACUACGGUCGAUGGCUCGCCGUCAAGGAACUGCUGCCUCUGGUUCAGACGGCCUACGACGAAGGAGACAAGGACAAUGCACGUGUCAUGACUGUGCUGGCACCCGGAAACGAGGGUCCCUACGUGGAGGACGACAUGCAGCUGCGAACUAAGUUCUCCAUGAUGAACCAGAACCGUCAUAUUGUGCAGUUCAGCUCUGCAGCAGUCAUGAAGUUUGCUCGAGAGCAUCCUGAUCUGUCCUUCAUUCACGCUCACCCCGGUCUCGUGGCCACUGGAAUCAUGCGAGAGCUGCCCUGGUACGUCAGAUACCCUUCUGCUAUUCUCAUGAAGACUCCUUGGGCCGUUUCUCCUGCUGACUCUGGAGAAAAGUUCUUCUACAUGAGUGCGUCUUGCCCCAAGUUUGCCCACGGCGCCUUCCUGCUCAACCCUGCCUGUGAGUCCAUCAAGGAGAAGCCCGUCAGCAAGGGAUACUUGACUGAGCAGCAUCAGGACAAGAUCUGGAAGCACACCGAGGAGGAGUUCGAACUCGCUCUCAAUGGUCUUAACAAGGCCUAA